UGACAGACAGCUCGCUAACUUAGCGGUGUUGUUUUUUUGUUGUAAAUCUGCAGCUGCUGCUCACAGCCGAGCCCGCGGAGGAUUACAGCGACCUGUUUUUGCGCUCUAACGCCGGCGGGGAGCGGCGUGAUUCAGCGGCAGUUACUUUCUUUAAGAGCCGCUCACAGCUGCUCUGGGGGGCGGAGUGUCUGCAAAGUGCUGCGCCGAUUGGGGCGCUCGAUCGGGGGAAGAGAGAUGGCGUGUUUGUUGGAGGCCCCUCUCCGCAUCAGUGUGCUGUCUGAAGUCACUGCCACUAGUCGCCAUUAUGUUGACAGACUGUUUGACCCCGACCCACAGAAAGUGCUGCAGGGAGUCAUUGACAUGAAGAAUGCCGUCAUAGGAAACAACAAGCAGAAGGCCAAUCUGAUCGUCCUGGGAGCCGUGCCGAGGUUACUGUACCUGCUGCAGCAGAGCUCGUCCAGUCUCGAGCUGCGGACAGAGUGCGCCGUGGUUCUGGGCAGCCUCGCCAUGGGCACCGAGAACAACAUCAAGUCCCUGGUGGACUGUCACAUCAUCCCUGCCCUUCUUCAAGGUCUCUUGUGUCCAGACCUGAUCUUCAUUGAAGCUUGUCUCCGAUGUCUCAGAACGGUCUUCAUCAGUCCAGUCACCCCUGUGCAGCUGCUCUAUACUGACCCCACUGUGAUUCCCCAUCUAAUGUCUCUACUGAGCCUCACAGAGAGAACGCAGGAGUACAUCACGCAGAUCUUCUCCCACUGUUGUAAGACUCCGGAGCACCAGACGGUUCUUUUUAACCACGGCGCCAUCCAGAACAUCGCCCCUCUACUCAUCUCGCCCUCUUAUAAGGUAAACGGCGGCGUUUUAAAGUGUUUCUCGGUCCUGGCCUACGAGAACACUCAGGUCUCCAUGACACUGGUGAAUGUGCUGGUGGACGGCGAGCUGCUCUCUCAGGUAUUUGUCAAAAUGAUGCAAAGGGAUCAACCCAUUGAAAUGCAGCUAACAGCAGCCAAAUGUAUUUCCCUACUAACGUACAUGUGUCGAGCGGGCGCCAUCAGGACGGACGACAGCUGUAUAGUCCUUAAGACUCUGCCGUGCCUCGUGCGAAUGUGCAGUAAAGAGCACCUGCUCGAGGAGCGAGUGGAGGGUGCGGAGACGCUGGCCUACCUGAUGGAGCCUGACGUGGAGCUGCAGAGGAUCGCGAGCACACCGACCACCCUGGUGGCCAUGCUGGCCGACUACUUUAAAUACCCGAGCUCUGUGUCGGCCAUCACCGACAUCAAGAGGGUGGCUGACCAUGACCUGAAGCACGCACACGAGCUGAGACAAGCCGCUUUCAAACUUUACGCCUCGCUGGGCUCCAACGACGAGGACAUCCGCAAAAAGAUCACAGAGACGGAGAACAUGAUGGACCGGAUAGUCAGCGGCCUAUCAGAAUCCAGCAUUAAAGUCCGCUUGGCGGCCGUCAGGUGUCUUCACAGUCUUUCGCGGUCAGUGCAGCAGCUGAGAACCAGCUUCCACGACCACGCGGUGUGGAAACCCCUCAUGAAGCUGUUGCAGAACGCCCCCGAUGAAGUCCUGGUCAUGGCCUCGUCUACACUAUGCAAUCUACUGCUGGAGUUCUCACCCAGCAAAGAGCCCAUCCUGGAGUCAGGAGUGAUUGAGUUACUAUGCAGUCUGACUCAGAGUGACAGUCCUGCACUGAGGGUCAAUGGGAUCUGGGCCCUGAUGAACAUGGCGUUCCAGGCCGAUCAGAAGGUGAAGGUAGAGAUCGUUCGGUGUUUGGGGACAGAACAGUUGUUUCGCCUGCUAUCAGACCCGGACACCAACGUGCUGAUGAAGACCCUCGGUUUGCUGCGCAAUCUGCUGUCAACACGCCCACACAUCGACCAGAUCAUGAGCUCUCAUGGGAAGCAGAUCAUGCAGGCCGUGACCCUCAUCCUGGAGGCAGAGCACAGUAUAGAGGUCAAAGAGCAGACGCUGUGCAUCCUCGCCAACAUCGCCGACGGCAACACAGCCAAGGAACUCAUCAUGACCAAUGACGACAUGCUCCAGAAAAUCAAAUACUACAUGGGGCAUUCGAAUGUGAAACUGCAGCUCGCUGCCACCUUCUGCAUCUCAAACCUGAUCUGGAACGAGGAGGACGGUUCUCAGGAGCGUCAGGACAAGCUGAGGGAGAUGGGCUUCGUGGACGUCCUGCACAAACUCACCCAGGCCUCUGACCCCAACCUCUGCGACAGGGCGAAGACGGCGAUGCAGCAGUACCUAGCGUGACCUCAGAGGGGAGCGCUCUGCCCUCUGCAGCCAGCCUAACUAACAAUCGUCGGGAGGACGCCUGCCGCUGGGUCUUUUGUUUUCUUGUUUAACCUCGAGGCUUGUUUUGUUGCACAAAGACACCUUUUUUUGGACCUGUGGCUGGCCUCCCCUCACCUCCCACCCUCCACCUAAAACCACCCUCGACAGUUUAGCUCACUCCAGACCUCGGCUUGGAGACUUUGAGACCGCGGUUGUCAGGAAAUCAACGGUUAGGAGGGAUUUUGUUUUCAGUUUUUUUUUUUUUUCAAACAAUGAAGUGAUUUUUUUUCUUUUUUUGGGACUUGUGAUUUGAAAUUUUCUUUGUUGGAGUGCAGCAGCCCGACACCAGCGCCACUGAGGUGCUUUUGGACUCCCGACGGCGGAGAUUCAGGUCUCAGAGAACCGGACUACGAGGUUUGACUGUUGGACAGCAAAGCUUCCCAGUUUUAUUUUUUCUAAUUAUUGCUAUUAAUGAUAAUGUUUCCUCAAGGCGUCUGAAGCAAGGACACGUUUAGAAAAAACACAGACUGCCUAUUUUGAAAUUUUGGGUGUUUUCUUUUUUUUGUGGAUACAUACCUCGUAAAUAU